AUGAAAAAACUACCUUUGGCGGGUCUGAGGCCGUCGUCAGAGUCUACCGCGCGCUCUUCUUCCGUGCCUGAGGUCGCGAGCCGAAGAUCCAGGCCCGAGUCUGCAGCAAGACAGCAGAUGGACAGCCGGCAGCGCAAGACGCGAGAAGCCUUGCAGCAGCUGACCCAGGCUGCAUCGGUGCCCAUCUCCAAGUCGACGCCGGAGCUCGGCAGAGGCGAUGGCAAAGGCCCCAGGGCACCACCGACUGUGAGUCAGCCCCAGGCCAAGAAGCCUCCGCAGCCGCCUUCGCAGCCGCCAGCGCCCAGAAAGGCCAGCAGAGCGGCUAUCCCCAGGCUCCGCAGCGAUCGAUCGCAGGAUCCUCCACCACAGCGAAGGGCGGAGCCUGCGCGGCUCGAGCCUUUACCUGCAAGGCGCCAGAGACAGGGCUACGCCGGGCCAAGCCUCCGAGACGAAUUGCGCGUGCGCGACGAGUUAG